AGACUGACGGAAAGUGACUACGAUGGAACGCUGACUGUUUUCAUCAGUCGUUAUUAGUUUCUUGUCCGUUUCGGAAGCUGGUUAACCUUUGCUAAGACUUAUCAGUAGUGAAUCGACCAGAGUUGAGCACAUUAUCAUUCCUCGCUGACACGGUCCGCAGGGUUUUGCAAGAGAAAAAGCUCCAAGAUCGAACAACAAAAGCCACGAAUAAAUCUCGCGCGCCAGCUAGCCGUAGCCAAUACAAGUUGAUUUCCGUUGACAAUUACAUAAGGAUUCCGUUUUUGUUUCUGUCGCGGCGGGUUGUGAAUUUCAAGUGCAACCGAGUGAGGGUCGAUUUUUGUUUUGCCACAGUUUCCACAACCGUGACGGAUUUUAGUUGAAGCUCGACGGAAGCCAACGAAGGUUGUGUAGUUUCUUUAUUCCUGUACUGUCCUUAUUUUGGUCUGGUAAUUAUUCAUGAUGGCUGAUAAGGUGCGCGUUUGUAUCGUUGGAUCUGGGAACUGGGGUUCAGCGAUUGCCAAGAUCGUCGGUGUGAAUGCCAAAAGGCUGCCCAACUUCGAGGACCGAGUCACCAUGUAUGUGUACGAGGAGAUGAUCGACGGCAAGAAGCUGACGGAGAUUAUCAACACCACACACGAGAACGUCAAGUACCUACCUGGACACAAACUGCCAGAGAAUGUCGUCGCCGUUCCGGACGUCGUGGAAGCUGCCAAAGAUGCCGAUAUUCUCAUUUUCGUUGUCCCGCAUCAGUUCAUCCGUGGUCUUGGUGGCCAGCUGCUGGGUAAGAUCAAGCCGACGGCCGUCGGUCUGUCGCUGAUCAAAGGGUUCGAUGUCGCCGAAGGCGGUGGCAUGGAGCUGAUUUCACAUAUUAUCACGAAGCACCUGAAGAUUCCCUGCUCGGUGCUAAUGGGUGCCAAUCUGGCCGGUGAAGUGGCGGAGGAAAAGUUCUGCGAAACCACGAUUGGCUGUCGGGACAUGAAAAUUGCUCAAAUCCUUCGGGAUCUGUUCCAGACGCCUAACUUCAGGGUGGUUGUUGUGGAUGAUGUGGACGCGGUGGAAAUUUGCGGUGCGUUGAAAAAUAUUGUCGCCUGUGGUGCUGGUUUUGUGGACGGAAUGGGACUAGGAGACAACACCAAGGCGGCUGUCAUCCGGUUAGGACUGAUGGAGAUGAUCAAGUUUGUCGAUGUGUUCUAUCCUGGUAGCAAACUGUCGACGUUCUUCGAGAGCUGUGGUGUAGCUGAUUUGAUCACUACUUGCUACGGUGGCCGAAAUCGCAAAGUAUCGGAAGCGUUCGUGAAAACUGGCAAAACGAUCAAGCAACUGGAAGACGAAAUGCUCAACGGUCAGAAGCUACAGGGUCCCAUUACCGCUGAGGAAGUAAACUUCAUGUUGAAAAGCAAAAGCAUGGAGGACAAAUUCCCUUUGUUCACGGCGAUUCACAAAAUCUGCACCGGACAAAUCAAGCCACAGGGUUUCCUGGACUGUCUGCGUAGCCACCCGGAGCACAUGCAAACAUUUUCCUAAUUUUUCCUAGAAAAUUGUCACGUGCUUCAAACACUAUCUUCUUGCUACGACGUACAACGCGAGUGUAUAGUAGACCAUCGGGUUCAACGAAAGGACAGUUGUUGUUAUGUAAUACAAAAAAAAAGAUUUAGAGAUAUAAUCCAAACGAGCCCCUCAAUUGCCUCCCCAACGAUGAUGUGUGUAACUUUGGCCUCAGAGAAAGUAGUAAUAUUUAAAAGUAUAGUCAACUUGGACAAAGCGUACCUAUAAUCCUACCAGUCACGUGACUGACUGAGAUGAUAUCUCUUCCCGAAUGAUGAGGCGUACAAAAGUAUUUGGUGAUAGCCUAUUAUGAUGAUAUUUUGUUUCAGAACUGUUGUAGUAAAUUGUAAUGUGUCGGUCGAAUAUUUUGUGCUUUGUCUGUAAGAUACGCGAUACGAACCGUGUUCGCACUGAAGAAGUAUAAAGUAAUUCUAGACGAUUGUUAGUAAAAGAGCAUAAAAAUAUUUACGAAUGCCGGUAGUUUAAUGGAAUAUUAAAGACAACAACAAA